AUGACUCAUGUUGUUUGGAAUGAUACUAUUAUUCCAGAAGAUUUUGAAACUGAGUGGCAUUCAAUAAUGUCUACUUUUGGAUUGGAAAAUCAUGAGUGGUUAAAAAACAUGUACGAUCUUCGAUUUGAUUGGAUUCCUGCUUAUUACCAUGGAGAGGAUUUGGCUGGGCUUAUGCGUACUACGCAUGAGCAUAGGAGGAAUGAUCAUGAUACAAGGUAUAUUGAGUGUAAACCCUGGAGUGACUUUGUAUUGGAGAAACAAGCAUCAGAAAUAUAUACCCAAACAAUUUUUAAGGAUAUUCAGAUUGAAAUUGAUGCUGCUAUUACAAAGUGUAUGUCAAAGUCUGUUGAUACUGUGGGUGAUGUUCAAUAUUUUGAAAUAAAGGAUUUCAGACAGCCAUGCACUUCUUUUUUCAAGGUGCAAUACAGCAAAGAAGAAGAUGGUUUAAGUAUAAGUUGUUCUUGCAAACGGUUUGAACAAUUUGGUAUAUUGUGCCGCCAUAUAUUUUACGUAUUACGGUAUGAGGAUAUAAGUGAGUUUCCUAGAAGAUAUGUUCAUAGAAGAUGGAUGAGAGAUGUUGUUUCAGUGGGAUCAAAUCAUUCCAAUAUUCGAUUUGAUGAAAUUGGUAGGAAUAGUGAAAUUGAUAAAGUUUAUAGAGAAAUCGUUGUUGCAAAUGAUUAUAUUGAUAAAGCGGAUGAGGUUAUGGUUGUUGCGCCGCCUCAUAGUCGCAAAGAAAGAUUUGCUGAUAUUGGAGGGAACAUAGAAAAAUCUGAUUCUAUGAUUCGUGUCCCGAUCAAAGUAAGGACCAAAGGAUGCGGUGUACAAAAAAGGAUCAAGUCUAAUCGUGAGAUUGCAAUUCAGAAAUCAUCAAAGAUCCAGAAAUCGUGCCGUGUAUGUGGUGGAAAAGGACAUAACAGUCGAACAUGUAAAGAUAAGGUUUCUUCUAAUGCUAUAGGUUCUAGCAAUGCAAUGUAA